AUGUCAGAAAACCCUACGACAAACGGGCACGACGCCCUCGAGGAGAAGCUUGGUCGCCUUGUUAGGAAACCCGGCGUCAAGGCAAGCAUGGUCCUGGACAGAGCGAGCGGCGCAAUCCUCAAGACGAGCGGCCAGGUCGACGCGCUCCAGACAGCAAAGGCGCGAAACGCGUCGACGGCCGCCUCCUUUUCCAACGAUGCGCCCGCAGCGGAGGAGGGCGAGUCGCAAGGCAUCGAGGAGUUUGCGGAGAUGAUCUGGAAUUUUGUGAACAGCUCCGGACAGCUGGUACAAGACGUGGACGAAGAGGACGAGUUGAAGCUGCUCCGAUUGCGAACGAAACGACAGGAGAUUGUCAUAGUACCCGACCUGAAGUACCUGCUCAUAGUGAUUCACGAUACUCAACCGGCUUGA